AUGGAUGACGACUAUUCACUAAGCAAUCAAUAUGUUGAAUAUUUAAAGCUGAUUAAAGAUAAUUGGUCUUCUUGUCAUGCAGCCAAGGUAUUAUCUUUUGAACUUAUCUGUUAUUUGGAACAGAGAUUCCUUCAGCUCUCAGCACCCCUAAGGGUCCGUAUUCUUACAUCAUUUUUGUAUAUAAAAGAAUCCAUUCGCGUCAAUUGUUGCGAUAAAAUACUUAAAAUUUUGGAAUUAGGCGAGACCGAUAGCAAUGAAUGGGUCAGGAAAAUGAGUAGACUAUCUCGGCCAUACAUUAAAACUGGAAUUAUGGAUCUAAAGGAAACGGAUACUGAAACCGCCUUUAGGAUAAUAAAUUUUUUGGACGAUAAACAGAACAACGAUGGCUGCGAAUAUGCAGUGAAACCUGGAUUGGAAUAUGUACACAUAUGCGAUAUAUCGGAUACCCAGGUCAAUCAUGGUGACGAAUACACUUUGUUCAUGCCUAGAAGGAAUUUUGACAUCAUAGGUGCGAAGAUUGAGAAGAAAGCGCUUAGUUGUAUCCACUAG